AGUGUGUAAAAAUAGAGAUGUGCUUCAAACGGAGCUGGGAGUAAAACAAAUUGCUACCUGGCGUUUGAAGACAUCGGACAAUGUCCUCCGGUGCUGGAAUUCAGAUACCGAGCCGUCUCCCCUUGCUGCUGUCCCAUGAAGGUGUGCUACUUCCGGGCUCCACCGUCAGGUUCAGCGUGGACUGUCCGCGGAACAUGCACCUGGUCAGCCAGCGGCUGCUGAAGGGGACCUCACUGAAGAGCACCAUCAUAGGAGUGAUUCCCAACACCAGAGACCCAGAGCACGACACCGACGACCUUCCCACGCUGCACAAAAUCGGCACCGCGGGGAUAGCGGUGCAGGUGGUGGGCAGCAACUGGCCGAAGCCCCACUACACCCUCCUCAUCACCGGAUUGUGCCGUUUCAGUGUGACAGGCCUGCUACAGGAGCAGCCCUUUGUCCUGGCAGAGGUGGAGCAGUUGGAUAAACUGGAGCAGUACACGACCCCAGCAUCAGAGGGGGUCACCGCAACAGAUGGAGAGCUUGGAGAGCUGUCGCAGAAGUUCUACCAUGCUGCAGUUCAGUUGUUGGGUAUGUUGGACAUGUCUGUUCCAGUGGUGGCCAAGUUCAGGCGUCUGUUGGACAGUCUGCCAAGAGAAACCCUUCCUGAUGUGGUUGCCUCCAUGAUUCGCACCUCAAACAAGGAGAAGCUACAGGUCCUGGAAGCUGUGAGCUUGGAGGAGAGAUUUAAGAAGACUCUGCCCUUGUUGAACAGGCAGAUCGAGGGACUCAAACUGCUGCAGAAAACCAGGAAGAGAGGUCCUGACAAUGAGAAGAGGGUGCUAUCAGUGCGUAAAGGGGGAGUGCUCCCAGGCAGGCAGUUCAAUCUGGAUGAGGAAGAUGAAGAUGAGGAUGGUAAUGACACUGUUACUUUGGAGAGGAAGGUCCACGGGGCCAACAUGCCAGAAGCUGCACUUAAAGUUUGUCUCAAGGAGCUCAAGAGAUUGAAGAAGAUGCCUCAGUCCAUGCCGGAGUACGCCCUGACCAGAAACUACUUGGAUCUGAUGGUGGAGCUGCCAUGGAGCAAAAGCACUAAAGACUGCCUGGACAUCGGAGCCGCUCGCACUCUAUUGGACAACGAUCACUACGCUAUGGACAAGCUGAAGAGACGUGUGCUGGAGUACCUGGCUGUCAGACAGUUAAAGGCCACCCUGAAGGGCCCCAUCCUGUGCUUUGUUGGGCCCCCUGGAGUGGGUAAGACCAGCGUGGGCCGCUCUAUAGCCAGGACUCUGGGCAGAGAGUUUCAUCGCAUCGCUUUGGGAGGAGUCUGUGACCAGUCUGACAUCCGAGGACACAGACGCACAUAUGUAGGGAGCAUGCCCGGGCGCAUCAUCAACGGUUUGAAGACGGUCGGCGUCAACAAUCCCGUGUUCCUACUGGACGAGGUGGACAAACUGGGGAAGAGCCUCCAAGGAGACCCUGCAGCUGCUCUGCUAGAGGUUCUGGACCCAGAGCAGAAUCACAGCUUCACAGACCAUUACCUCAACGUGGCCUUUGACCUCUCCCAAGUCCUCUUCAUCGCCACAGCAAACACGACGGCCACCAUUCCCCCCGCCCUCCUGGACCGGAUGGAGGUGCUGCAGGUACCAGGCUACACUCAGGAGGAGAAGGUGGAGAUAGCACACCGUCACCUGAUCCCAAACCAGCUGGAGCAGCACGGGUUAACACCUCAACAACUGCAUAUCCCACAGGACAGCACGCAGGAUAUUAUCAGCAGGUACACCCGUGAGGCAGGCGUACGCUCCUUGGAGAGAAAGUUCGGGGCAAUCUGCCGAGCGGUGGCUGUGAGGGUCGCUGAAGGUCACAGAGUCGCCAAAACACAGGAGGCUGUGACCCCUGAAGGGCCAACAAAGCAGAGGGACAAAGCAGUGCCUCCAGAGAUGCCGAUAGUGAUCGAUCACAUCGCGCUGAAAGACAUCCUGGGACCCCCGCUGUUUGACAUGGAGGUGUCAGAGCGGCUCACCCUCCCCGGCGUGGCUCUAGGUCUGGCCUGGACCCCCCUGGGUGGAGAGAUCCUGUUUGUGGAGGCCAGUCGAAUGGAAGGUGAAGGUCAGCUCACUCUAACGGGACAGCUGGGAGACAUCAUGAAAGAAUCCGCCCAUCUGGCUAUCAGCUGGCUCAGAGCGAACGCCAAGACCUACCAGCUCACCAACAUUGUUGGAGGUCCAGAUCCACUCGACGGUACAGACAUCCACCUUCAUUUCCCUGCUGGAGCUGUCACCAAGGAUGGCCCCUCUGCAGGUGUAACCAUAGUAACCUGCCUCGCCUCACUGUUUAGCGGCAGAUUGGUCAGAUCAGACGUUGCCAUGACAGGAGAGAUCACGCUACGAGGGCUAGUGCUGCCGGUGGGCGGGAUUAAGGACAAGGUCCUGGCGGCCCACAGGUCUGGAGUGAAGCGUGUCAUCCUCCCUAAGCGCAAUGAGAAGGACCUGGAGGAGCUUCCAGCCAACGUCCAGGCAGACCUUGAUUUUGUCACCGCCGCAAAUCUGGACGAGGUCCUAAAUGCCGCCUUCGAUGGAGGUUUCCCGGGGACAGCCAGCUCCUCCUGCACACACCCACAGCUGAGCAGCAAACUGUAACACACCGACAAGAGUAUACACACGUGAAGUAAGGAAAGUGUUCCUGAACGGUCCUCAUGCAGGACUGACUGAAUCAUGUUUGAGCGUUGAGAUCUGGGAGUAAAAUAAGUUCAAUCCUGAAAUGCAGCUGCAGCAAGAAUUCUUAAAAGGCUUGUUGUUGAUCUCUAACACUGUUUGAAGAUUCUUUCCUCCUGAGGUUUUGUUUUUCACAGGAUAGUUUUCUAUCACAGGGUUAAUUUGUGGUAAAUGAAGCAACAAGUUAGAGCCAAACAACUGUUCAAAGUGAAUUCAUCAUUAUCUUAUGAUAAGAGUGUUGCCAUGUCGGUGCCUUUUACGACUCAGAAUCAGUUCCUCUGGACUGUUUGCUGUUUCCUUUGAUGUUAACAUGAUAUGAGAACGCUCUCCUUUAGACGAGCCCCUAUGGGAAGCUGAUAGCACUUAUUGAUUUAGCUCUAAAAUUACAGAUUUUGUUGAAUAAUAUCAGUAAAGGCAGUUUACUGUGAUGGUCUGUGUAUGUGAGGGAGGAAACUGAUGUGGAAAACGUGUUGAGAUGGUGUGCAUUCCUGCAGCCUGUUCCAAUCACUGAGUUUAAAUUAAUUAAAAUCUAAUGUAGUCUGAUGUCACCUGAUUGGUGGAUAUCUUUUCCUGUAAUUGCAGAUUUUAAAAUGUAUUGACGGUGCAAAUAUAUAUUUAUAUUUUUACAUGAAAAGGGAGCUGUCAGUUUGAUCGCUCAGUAUUAUUUCUGAUCCAUGAACUGUAUAAAGAAUGGACAGCAGCACAUCUCACAUCAAGUGAAGCCAAAGGAUUUAGAGCUCCCCCUACAGACUUGUGGCAGCACAGCCCCUCCAUGUUACCAGAUGGGACAUGAGUGAAACUAUCAAAUCUAAAAUAAAUGUUCCUCAAACAUUCUUUAGUUGUUAUAGUUAUUGUCACGCGGAUUUGUGUUAAAGUCAUCUUCUAUCUGAGAAGUUUUUUUUAAUGAGAUAUAAAAUGUAAUGAUUGACUGCUCUGUUGACGAAUGCAGCUUCUGCAGUGCUGUGUGUACCGGAAUAGCAAAGUGGAGCAGAAGCGUCGAGAGGAAACAUAAUGAAUGCUAACAAGAUUCAUUGAUCUUUUCCAAAACCUUGAGUGUCGGCUUCACACGACAUAAGAAUCUGUUCCGCCUUGAACUGUACCGACUGAAAUCCUAAAUCCCUUUAAGUUAGUUAAAUGUGUGUUUUGGUUAGCAGAAGUGGAGUAGCAUUCAUCCACCGCAGGGUCUCUAUUGUGCAACUCAGCCUCAAAAUGACAUCCCCAGCGCACAUGUCAGCGCCCGUUAUAGGGGGUAUAUUGGCUUCAUUUUUGUACAGCAGGAGGAGACAUGUUGUCCAUUCUUUAUACAGUCUUUGGUCUGCGAUACUUCUGUGAAGUGUGAUAACAAAUUCCAUUUGUUUAGCAACACAAAAGAUGGAUGAUUUUAGAAGCUCUCACACCAUCAAGUCUUUUAAUAGAAACUCUAAUCAAACUACCCAUAAUGCAUUUGUGUCCUGUUGAAUAAACAUGAGUGAUGAUUCAA